AUGUCAAAACGAAAAAUAGAAACAGAACAAGAACCUUUGGAAGGCUAUAUUCACUCGGUAUCUCCGAUGAAAACAGCAAAAACGUCAAAAGUUAUUACCCUCAAGGCUGAAGUAACACACGUUGCAUCUGUGAAGAAAAUUAUCAGUCAACACCAUGGUCAAUUGCAGAAGCAGGAAGUAAUGCUAAGAGAUCCAACAGGAACUAUCAAACUGGUAUUAUGGGAACAAUACGUCAAUACUCUUAUUGUCAAUACAACGUAUAUCUUGGAAAACAUGAAAUUGAAAGUCUACAACGACGAGAGAUACCUCAACACACCGAAAGAUGAAGACUUCAAACAUACAGAAGUUGAGCCAUUUCUACAGCCAUUACCAGAAGCCGAACAUGUCAUUGAUACACCGUCAAUUUCCGGCAAAAUAGUUGGCAUUAAAGAUGUAACCACUGCAACAGCGUGCACCUCUUGUGGAAAAUUAACCCAACCAUAUCAGUCUUCAACCACGCUUGGCCAAUGUGAAGCAUGCAAUCUCAUACAAAUUCUAAGCUCAUGUAAACUUCAUUGGUCCCUGCGCCUUCUGGUCAAGGCUUCAGAUAAUGUAACAAAGCGAAACAUCACCCUUUAUCACCAACAACUUCUUCAACUGCUCAGUGUUUUGAAUAUACACCUUGACCUUAAUUCGGUUUCUGUUGAGGAACUUACCAUUUCUCUACUAGAAAAGAACGCAGAAGUGAAAAUUGAUUAUGAAGGAGGCAACAAUAAACUCAUAAACAUUUCAAAAUUAUAA